CUCGGAGGAUUGUGGGAUAGUGGCGGACGGAGCCGGGCAUCUAAGGCCCUGAAGCCGAAUGCAAAGCCCGGGAGUCUCGCCGGUGUGGGGAAGGGGGUGGUGGAGGAAGUGGGCCUCGGCUUCCGUCAGCCGUUGCUCAGCACUGCGGCCUCUUCUGACUGCGGAGUAGGACGCCUUCUGUGACCAGCCCUUGCUUUUCCGCGGGGCGCGCCGGGCCGGGGAAACCGGGGCGACUUCCCAGCUGAGGGCCUACGCGGGCCUCGCGACCCCGCCAACCUCCCUCAGACACCUCGCCCGCGGGCCCCGGACCCCCGCCCCGCCCGACCGGCGCUAGCCCCUGAAACUCUGGAACUCGGCGCGCGAGGGCCCCCUUCCUAGGCCCGAGACGCGUGCGCGAGCCCCGGCGCCAGGGCGAGACCCCGCCGCCGCCCCCCGCCCCCACAUACCGGCUCCCUGAGGAGGGACCGGAGCCGCCGGCGGCGGGGCGAGGGGGGCGCCCCGAUGAGCCCCGAGUGCGAGGAGCCGCCGCCCCCCCGCGCAGGGCGCCAUGUUUUGGAAGUUUGACCUGCACACGAGCUCGCACCUCGACACGCUGCUGGAGCGGGAGGACCUGAGCCUGCCCGAGCUGUUGGACGAGGAGGACGUGCUGCAGGAGUGCAAGGUCGUCAACCGAAAGCUGCUGGACUUUCUGCUGCAGCCGCCACACCUGCAGGCCAUGGUGGCCUGGGUCACCCAGGAGCCGCCGGCCAGCGGCGAGGAGCGGCUGCGCUACAAGUACCCCAGCGUGGCCUGCGAGAUCCUGACGUCGGACGUGCCCCAGAUCAACGACGCGCUGGGUGCGGACGAGUCCCUCCUGCACCGGCUUUACGGCUUCCUGCAGAGCAGUGGCAGACUCAACCCGCUGCUGGCCAGCUUCUUCAGCAAGGUCAUGGGCGUCCUCAUCAACCGCAAGACCGACCAGCUCGUGUCCUUCCUGCGGAAGAAGGACGAUUUUGUGGACCUGCUGCUGCAGCACAUCGGUACCUCGGCCAUCAUGGACCUCCUGCUGCGCCUCCUCACCUGCGUGGAGCGGCCGCAGCUGAGGCAGGACGUGGUCAACUGGCUCAAUGAGGAGAAGAUUGUCCAGCGGCUCAUUGAGCAGAUCCACCCAUCGAAGGACGACAAUCAACAUUCCAACGCAUCCCAGUCCCUGUGCGACAUCAUCCGCCUGAGCCGGGAGCAGGUGAUCCAAGUGCAGGACAGCCCGGAGCCUGACCAGCUGUUGGCCACCCUGGAGAAGCAGGAGACGAUCGAGCAGCUCCUGAGCAACAUGUUGGAGGGGGAGCAGAGCCAGUCCGUCAUCGUGAGCGGGAUCCAGGUGCUACUGACGCUGCUGGAGCCCAGGAGGCCCAGGUCCGAGUCUGUGAUUGUGAACAACUUCUUCAGCAGCGUGGAUGGGCAGCUGGAGCUCCUGGCCCAGGGAACCCUGGACAGUGCCGUGUACAGCGUGGGGACCCUGCAUGCCCUGCGCCCACGGCUCAGCCGCUUCCACCAACUCCUGCUGGAGCCGCCCGAGGUGGGCAGGCUGGAGCCGCUGCGCACGACAUGGGGCAGCCUGGCCCCGCCGCUGGGCAACACGCGGUUGCACGUGGUCAAGCUGCUGGCCAGCGCCCUGAGCGCCAGUGAUGCGGCCCUGACCCAGGAGCUCCUGGCGCUGGACGUGCCCAACACCCUUCUGGACCUCUUCUUCCACUACGUGUUCAACAAUUUCUUGCACGCCCAAGUGGAGGUGUGUGUGAGCACGAUGCUGAGCUCCGGGCCCCCUUCCAACAGCAGCUCUGACACACCCGCCCAGAACCCUGUCGUGAAACACCUGCUGCAGCAGUGCCGCCUGGUGGAGCGCAUCCUGACCUCUUGGGAGGAGAACGACCGCGUGCAGUCCGCAGGGGGCCCUCGCAAAGGCUACAUGGGCCACUUGACAAGGGUGGCCAACGCCCUGGCGCAGAACUCGGAGAAGGGGCCCAACGCCGAGCAGCUGGGGCAGCUGCUGAAGGCAGAGCUGCCAGAGCAGCAGCGGGAGCAGUGGGAGGUGUUCGUGUCGGGACCCCUGGCGGAGACCAACAAGAAGAACACGGUGGACCUGGUGAACACCCACCACCUGCACUCCUCCAGCGAUGACGAGGACGACAGGCUCAAGGAGUUCAACUUCCCGGAGGAGGCGGUGCUGCAGCAGGCCUUCAUGGACUUCCAGAUGCAGCGCAUGACCUCAGCCUUCAUCGACCACUUUGGCUUCAAUGACGAGGAGUUUGGGGAGCAGGAGGAGAGCGUGAACGCGCCUUUCGACAAGACGGCCAACAUCACCUUCUCCCUCCACGCCGACGACGACAACCCCAACGCCAACCUGCUUGAGAUAUGCUACAAGGACCGGAUCCAGCAGUUCGAUGACGAGGAGGAGGACGAGGAAGAGGGCCAGGGUUCGGGGGGGUCUGAUGGAGAGGAUGGUGCCUGGCAGGGCGGCCAGCUGGCCAGGGGGGCCCGCCUGGGCCAGCCCCCGGGUGUGCGGAGCGGAGGCAGCACAGACAGCGAGGAGGACGAGGACGACGAGGAGGAUGAGGACGACGAGGAUGGGGACCGGCGGGUGGCCCGUGGCAGGGCUGGGCCCACCUCUCACCCCAGCCCUGGCCCCCAGCCUCCAGACCCCAGCUGGACAGCUACCUUUGACCCAGUGCCUGUGGAUGCCCCGACCGGCCCCCAAGCCUGCAGGGAGAAGGAACUGCACUCUGGGCCCCCUGCCCCACAGGAGCCCCGCAGCGGGCCCCCGGACCUCCCUGCCCCGAGCCCAGCUGGCCCUGCGGCCCCCAGCACCCUGCAGCUCAGGCUCCUUCUCUUGCCUCCUAGGUCUCAGGAUCCCAUCCCUUCCUCAGCACCUCAGGAAGCCACAGACGGCAGCCAAGUAGCGGAGCCCUCGGCCCCCUGCCAGGCCUUGGUCAGUGCUGGGGACCUCCAGGCCACCCUCAGAGGGACGCACCCCACCCCCAGCUCCUCGGACAGUGCAACCAGAGACCCCGCUACCUCUGUCCCGGCCCCCAGGGCCCACCAGCCCCCCCAGACCACGGAGGGGGUGAAGAGCCCAGAGUCCUUGGGGCUCCCCCGAAGCCAGAGUGCCCUGGCCCUCGAGCCACUUCCGAUGCCCAAUGGCUCUGCCCCAGGAGGGCCGGCGUCCCCGGGCUCCCAGUAACUGCCCGGUCCCAGUGGUGGCAGCCAAAUCCUCCGUACUCCACGUGGACCCUGUCCGGGUGGGGGCGUGGCAGGUUCCGCAGUGGCCCUGUUGCCCCGUCACCCCAUCCCUACCCUACCCACCCCGGGUCCUCUCUGGGCUCCCAGGAGGCAGGUGCCAGGGAGACAGGCCCCUCACCCCACCCCCGUUUGCACUGAGAAAAGAAAUUACGGAGUUUUGUCUCCUAGAAUAGAGUCGAAUAGAGAGAAAGAGAGAGAGAGAGAGAGAGACCUAUAUUAUAUAUUUUAUAUAUAUAUAUAUAUAUAUGUGUGUGUGUAUAUAUAUAUAUAUAUAUAUAUAUCUCGAGGCGGGAGAGAGUGGGCAGGCGGGGAGCCAGAAGGAAGCAGGGCUGGGCGGCAGUGGCUUGGACCUUCACCCUGUCCCACGGGGGCUGCGGUGGUGAGGGUCCUGAGGCUGCCACCCACCCUCCCCUCCCACCAUGCCCAGCCUCCCUCCGGUGCAGACGCCCACACCCACACUCACACUUGGCCUUUCAGCUCAGGUCCACCUUGGGGGAGGGCCCGAGUGGGGGUCGUGCCUUUGCCCAAAUCCCCUUGCCUCGGACCCUGCACUUUGACCCAGGCCGGGAGCUAAAAGACCCUCCACCUGGCCCAGCCAGCUCUGUGGGAGGGAGCUGGGAGUCCUGGUCCCAGGGGGCCUCCCCGGUGACAUUCCCUCGGGGCCCUGACGCACUCACUGAGACCCCCCCCCCAUCUCCCAUGGACUCUGGGGUGGGGGUCUGGCUGGGGUCCCCGUCCUACUCCCAAGGGUCUGGGGUCCAGCCCAGCUGCCAAGUGACCUUGUCCCAGCUCCCUCUCCCCAGGCUGGCGUGCGUGUGCGUGUGCGUGUGUCUGUGCCGAGCUUCUGUUUCAUAUUGCAAAUACAAACAAAUAAAGGAAGACAGUUGAAGACU